AUGAGGAAAGGUGAUGGUCUCUGGGCACCUCACUUCAGCCACUCCCUGCUCAGCACUCUCAAGGCUGUGGGCGCAGACCGCUACCUCGGACCGCGCACCCUGCUCCAGGUUGGAGUUGUGGAGACCCAAAGCAGCACGGGCUCCUUUAGGAGCGGAGGAAAGCAAGAGAGCUUGUCCUUUGUCAAGGAAGCCGGUAGCGCCCAGGGGCCCGAGGGCGGGGAGGGGUUGUCGGAACCUCGGAGACCCCGGCGGCCACGAGCCCGCCUCAAAGGGGGAGGGGGCGCUUUAAGGGCGGGGAACUUUUUCCUCCCCCGACAAAAAGUAACUCCCGAAGCGGGAGGGGUUCUCUCCGAGGGGCACUCGCGGUGGCCGGUCAGGGGAGCCGGAGGCGGCGGGUCCCGCGGGGGCCGCCCCGGAGGAGCGACGGGAGGCGGGCCUCGGGGUGGCUCCGGAGGCGGCGGACCGGAGUCGGCGAGCUCCGACGGCCCCAGCGGAGAGGAGGCGGCGGGCGUAGAGCCCGGGUCGCCGAGGGGCGGGGAGACGGCGGUCCGCGAGGGUGGGGCGCCGGCGGCCCAGGAGGACUGGAGGCGGGCAGAGGGGCGGAGAGAGAGGGAAGGAGCGCUCGGGAAAGGCCCGCAACGGGAGGUCAGUAGUGGAAAGAGCCCGGGCCGGCGCAGCCAGGGGGAGAAGCAGGGCAAGCUCCGGGACGGGUACUGGGAGGCCUACUGGGAAAGGGGCAGGGAGCGCUACCGGCAGAAGAAAUCGAAGCGCAGGCCCAAGGGCGCGGGGCAGGUGCAGGGGGGCAAGGUCGAGUGGAAGUACCAGCUGGAGAGGAAGUCCAACUGGCUGCAGAGCACGGGAUUCGUGGAGUCUGUGGAGGAGGACAAGUCCUCGCCCUGCAGGGAGAGUCCCGACAUCUUCAAGGUCCGGGUGUGGGACGCGCAGUUCCGGCAGCCGGCAAUCAGAUUCAGUAUCUGCCCCACGCCUUCUCGUCGCCUGUCGCAGCGGCCGGUUGGGAGCUGCCUCUCCGGCCUCAGCGUCAUGAAGGAGCUAGCGAAGAUGGGUGACCCGAACCUCCUGGAGAUGGUGCAGGAGGAAGGGAGAGUAGUUACUAGAGAAAUAGAUCCCAGUCUACAAACAACAGAGGAAAGAAGAAAAGAAUUUGAGCAAAAUCUCCGAAAAUCAGGUCUUGAAUUGGAAAUUGAAGACAAGAGGGACUCUGAAGAUGGAAGGACUUACUUUGUCAAGAUCCAUGCUCCUUGGGAGGUAUUAGUUACUUAUGCUGAAGUAUUGGGAAUCAAAAUGCCUAUUAAGGAGAGUGAUGUUCCCCAAAAUGAGGACACUCCAUUGACCUAUAUGCUUUCGGCUGUGAAACUUCCAGCGAGUGUGAAGUAUCCUCAUCCUGAAUAUUUCGCUGCCCAGUUCAGCAGACAUCGUCAAGAGCUCUUCCUCAUUGAUGAUCCAUCAACUUUCUUUCCAUCCUCGGCAAGAAACAGAAUUGUAGGUAGAGAAACCUUCGGGCACAUUCCUUCAAAUGUUGUGUGUGUGCCUUUGUGUCCUUGUGUACAGGUGUGUGUAUAAUACAAUGUCUGCAAGGUGUUCCUUUGUAGAAUAUGAGCACUUCAUGGUGUUGGGUGAGUUUGAAAGUUUGUUUGGACCCUAAAACCCAUUAUCAUCCCUACCUCUCAAAUUGUUUUUUUUAAAAAAUGAGUGGUUGACAGUGUGGAUAUAGUAAAGAUACAGGGUUCAUGCAAUACUCAGAAAAGCACCUAAUUUUGAGAAGCAGAAGACAUUUAUUUUGUACAUUUUUAAUGAAAUAGUUCUAUAAUCAUAGAGGUUACUUGUAAAAUUCAGUAUACAGUAAGGACGGUUUCAAUCAUUCCCAAUAAAAUGGGAAUAACUAAAUUUUUAUAUGUGGAUAGAAUUUGUGAAACCUGAGAAAUCUUUUCCCCUCUUUUAAAACCAUUUUCAGUCUUUGAAUCAUUAUUUCCUCUACAUUUGUAGUCCUAGAAUGUUUAACUUUCCCAUUAGAACCUUGCCUCCUAAAGAAUCAUGGUUUCUGUGUGGCCAUUUCUUUGUGUUUUGUGUUUAGACAGGAAUAAUAUCUAUUUCAUUGAUUACCCUGAAAAUUAAAUAAUUCAAAAAAUUGAAGGAGUUAAAUUGUGCCAGGCAUAUAAUAAGUGUUCAGUAAGUGUGAGAUACUAUCAUUCUAAUUGCUCUGACUUUAGAUGAAAACUUUAGAUUCUGUAUUGCUUUUACACUUUCUAUCUACUGCUUAUUAAUAUAGUCACUAUGGGUCAGCGGUCAUAGACCCCUUUCUCUUCCUGAGCAAGUUAAGAGGCAAGAUUAUAUUUUUCCCACAUCUAAAAUAAAUAUUUUUAAAAUUCACUGGCAGGAGUACUAAAAAUAUAAUUCCUAGAACAUAGGCUUUUAUUAUAAUAUAAAUGCACAAAUGAAAAAUACUGUCCCAUUGCUUUCUAGGAUUAAAAAGCAAAAGAAAAAAAACCUACAAGGCAACCUUUAGGAAAUAAAGAGCAUAUGACAGGGAACCAGAGAAGUUGUUUUGAGUCACAAUCCUGCUACUUUCUAAAUAAGAUAAUUUCUCUUGAAAUAAACAAAAUAAUGUGGGUAUUACUAUGGAAUCCAAAUGAAAGCAUGUAUGUGAAGCACUCUGCAAAUUUUAAGGUAUUUUGGAGAUACUUGGUACAUUAAAAAGUUGCUAAUACAAAGCAAGAAAUUAGGAAUUUGCUCAGUAUUAGAAAUGUCAGUAUUUGUUUACUUUUACUUACUCUUUGUAAACAGUCAAAUACCUUAGGGUAAUUAGCAGCAAAGCACAAUAAUUUCUCCUCCUUCAUGGUGGAGUGAUAAAAAUCUUGCUCUGUUGAGGAAGUUAUUUUACAGAUUUGCAUAUUAAAACCCCCCUUCUUUCCUACCCUCCUCCCAAACACUGUAGUAUAUGUAUGUACAAAUCAAAUAGUAUUACAAGAACAUCUCACAUCAGGAUAGAAUUUCAUACUUUUCAGAGCAUCUUCAGAGCCAUCAUGACACUGGAAGCUCACAGUAUAUACUAUAUAUUUUACUUUUACAUAUGUGAGCAUGUAUGUCUGCAUAUCAAACAUAUAGAUGCAUAUAUGAAAGAUAUUUUGUGUCACAUCUUUUGUUGUGGACAAAGUCCAGACUUUCAAAUAUGAACCAAGCUCUAGAUUUAUCCAGCUGUAAAGAGGGAAAAAGCUCAUGCUUUCAGUAGGAGACUAAAAUUUAACAUAUGGCCAAGAAAUUUGUAUAUAAAAGAGGAACAGUAAAACACAUCUGAUCACUUGAAUAACAAGACUCUGGACAGAGAACUGGUUCUUAGUUCACACUGAAGCUGAAGUUUCAGUCCACCUAUAAUGAAAUAUUUUCCAUUGCACUAAUAAUGCCUUACAUGUAUUCAUGUCAUUAUCUUUUCAGUCUAAAUAGUAUUUCACAGUUUGACAUUUUAUGAGUGCACUCCUUCCAAUAUAGAUUCUUUUUGAUAGUUUUUUAAAUUAUUUUCAAUUUGGGGCUUUUAACAUAUUCUAAUUCAUACAUCCAAAUAUCUACAAAUCAUCUUAUAUGUUCUUAUGACAAGCACUGUAUUUGCACUGCCUAAAGCCAAACUUUUUAGCUCUUCUCUCUUGACUGUAACCAUCAAAAAAUAGACAAAAACCAUCUCUGUCUUUUUCCCUCUCUCCCAUCCUCUUUCAAUCUGUGUCCAUGCCUGUGUCUGUAUCUGUAUCUGUGUCUCUGUCUUUAUCUCUGUCUCUGUCUCUCUUCAUUCAGCACUUCCAUUAAAGCAUCAGAAAGAAACCUAAGAUUUCUUUACACUACCAAUUUGUCUCAGCCAUGUUCAAUCCAUCAGUAGCUUCUAUUAAUGUAAAUAUCUAAAUCCUAAAUAUCUCUUGAAUCCAUAUUCUUUCAGUUCCAUCCCCACUAUUAGCAAAUUUUCCAAAAACUUAUAGCCAUCAUUAAAGAGAUCUACCACAA